UGCGCUUGAGCAUAACAAAGAAUUAUGGGGAAAUGAAAUGUUAUUUGAAGCUUAUUUAAAUCUAAAAUUUUCAUCCAAUGAAUUUCAGUUCGAAUUUUGAAUAUCCUAUAUGUUUUAGUGACACUAUGGCGGAUGCACUUAGUCGUCAGUCCUCAUACCAAAAUUUGUUUUGCGAGACUUGUUCAUCAUUUGGUGAUGAUGUCGAAUAUAUAAAAAUCUUUGAGAUAUUUUGAGGGAUAAAAAAUUAGCUUGUCCUAUCUCGUUCUUUAUGCUACUUUUCUGGAACCGGCCGAAAAUAUUCCUUCCGAAUAUUAUAGGAUAGACGAAAAGAGGAAAAAAGGUAGCGCACAGACACUCCGGUAGCAGAGUUACGCAUUUUGCAUGAUUAUAUCACUCUUAAACUUGUACUGCUCGUUUCCGGUUUCUUACCUGCAGUUUCUUUCAUUGAGAUUUGUGAUAAAUUUAUUGAUUAUGAUAGAAUUCUAAAUGAAUAUGAGACAUUAUCAUAUGACGAAAAAAAUCAGUAUUUACCACAACUAUGUACAUUGCUGAGUCAUGUACCAUGUAAUCAUGAUCAUAUUUCUAAGUUGAAACAAAUUGUGGAAGAUGAUAUGAGAGUUUUAAUUAAUGAUGUUACACAAAUAGCAAAUAUCUUUAAAUCCGUUCGUUCUAUUCCGCACGUAGCAAAAGAGCUGAAGAAAAUUGUGGAAGAACACAUUCAUCAUGAAGGAAUAGAAGCAAUCGAACGAUUCGCAGUCACGAGCAUCAAUGAUCCAAAACUUUAUGUUGAAACAAUUCUCGCGGUUCAUGGAAAAUUUUCACCAACUGUCAGUACUGAACAAGUCUUUAUGUCUGCUUUGGAUCAGGUAGAAGAUAAAGAUAUUUUUGAAAAAUGUUACACUAAAUUGUUAGCUAGACGUCUUAUCGGAGAAUUAUCAAUAUCAGAUACUUUGGAAGAAUCAAUGAUUUCAAAGUUGAAAGUAGUAUGUGGCGCGCAAUACACGUUCAAGUUAGAGCAUAUGCUUUCAGAUAUUAGCAUUAGCAAAGAUUUAACUAAAAAAUUUCGAAACCGUGAAAGAAAUAUCAAUGAUAAAAGUGAUUUCUCUGUUAUGGUACUGUCUGCAAAUUUAUGGUCACUCGCAACCCCGAAUUCAUUUAAUCUUCCGUCAGAACUAACACCGCUAUAUAACAGCUUUACUCAGUUUUAUCAUGAACAACACACCGGACGGAAAUUAACCUGGCUACAUCAAUAUUCAAAAGCUGAAUUAGACACAUUUUAUUUGAAACAGAACUUUAUCUUUCAAGUUUCAAUGUAUCAAUUGGCGGUGCUGUUGUUAUUUAAUAAAGCCGAGGAAUAUACAGUUGAAAAUCUCGUUGAUGAAACCUUAAUAAAAGAGGAACUAUUGCUGCAAGUGUUAUGUAGUUUACUCAAACAAAAAAUUAUCACAUGUACAAAUCUCGGCGGUGAUAACAUGAAUAGUGAUGAACUGACGGAAAAGGAUCUCAAAAAUGAAUAUACUUUACACUUAGCUUUGGACUAUAAAAAGUAUGGAAGUUACGCUUGGCGUAAAAUUAAUCUGAGAAGGAAAUUGAAAGUGGAACAGAAAAAUAAUGAAGAUUUAAAUCAUAGUAUUGAUGAAGACCGUAGAAUGGUUAUUCAAACAGCUAUUGUAAGAACAAUGAAAGAAGAUAAAACAUUGAAGCAUCAAGAAUUGCUAAACAAAGUUGUGCAACAGUUAUCGUCUAGAUUUAAACCAAACGUUGUAAUUAUCGAGGUGAGUCGAGUUCGAAUUGUCAAUCGGCUAUGAAGAAUUCAGCUAUGUCUUAGAAAGGCUUUUUUGAAAAGUUCACAGGUAAGAAAAGAAGGCGGCAGGCUAAUUCUUCUUAUUUCACAAGCCGUGAGCCGUUCACAAAUCCUUUCUUUGUUGCAUCUCUUACGCACACUUCUCAUUUAGAAUAUGACUUAAACCAAAAUCAAUCUGACCAUCCUCUUCGUUUAUUAAGCGCCCUUGCAAGCGAACCGCCCACUAUACAUUUAAAAAAAGGUGUAGUUUCUGUAACGUCUAGAAAAUGAAACUCCUUCUUUUAAACGCUUGCCUAUCAUUAGAAAACUCUUUCAACACAAUAUAAAACGUAGAGCCACUACCGAUAAAACUUAGACAAAAUCCGCUUUUGAAAUAAUACCAAAACAUCGCCGAAACAAGAAAAAUCUCAUUUGUGAGUUAUUAGACAAGUCGCGUAAAAUUAAUAGCUGCACUCUUCCAUUCCAAACGACAGAGUAAUGGAAGAAUUUGACAAAAUAAAGAGCGUCAACUUGAUUCUCAAUAUUUAAUAGAAGAAUACAAACGAUAAAUGACUAGAAAGCCUCAUUUUUUCUUUCUUUUAGGAACACAUCGAUAUUUUGAUUGAAAAAGACUAUUUGAAACGAGCUGCAGAUGAAAAUGACACUUAUCACUAUUUGGCUUAAAAACCGUCAAACUAUUCAAAACUGUUUUGAGCUGUGCAUCAAUGCAGCCGGCCGAUGAUAUAAUCAGGACCGUUUGAUUUUUUAUAUGGCUUGUUGCAAGCGCGUUUUUAUAGAUAUGAUCUAGCACUCAUCUUAUUUACUCAAGACACUGAAUGUCUCUUAAUUUAGUGUAGACUUUUAUACCAAAAAUUGUGUAAAAUUCAAAAGUAGGUUUAAAGAAAAAUAACCUUACUUCCUUACUGCAGGUUAUGAGAACGAAAAAAAACAAAAAAUGUCUCGUAUAUCUCCGAAUUCGAUAUGAUAGAGAAUAUAGCUGUUUAAACGAUGGUCUAACAAAAACUGCAAUCACUGUUGCAGAUGACUGUACUUUACCAGCUGACAAUUAUCUAAUAUACGAACAGCUUUAGCAAUGUUUUGGAUCAAAGUCAAAACAAACCUCUCUUUUCGUCAAAUUGGUUCGUUGUUUAGCAUUCCAGGAGAGGGUGAAUCACGCCGCAAACGUGUCGCCGACGCUUUCGAUUCCAUUCGUAUGUGUUCAUGUACACAUAUGACUCAGAUAUCUCGUUAAACAAUGUGAUGUUUGGUGGUUCCAGUCAUAAUCAUUGUGUUGUUUGUCUCGAAAAAUAUUUUAAAAAUCGGUUUUCCAGGAGAUCUCUGGAGAACCGAGCCAUAACUCUGAAAUUCGCCGGAUAAAUCUAUGCUUUGGACUUCUUUUCCAAACAAUAUUUUUGACUGUCUGUCUUCCUUUUUAAGGUUCUUUCCAUUAAACAUGGGAUAAAGAUUCUACACGCUAUGAAUCUGCACUUGUACAAUAAAACUUAGAUAAAGAACUACUAUCAUUUAUUCGUAAACCAACAACAUUUAUUGGGCAUAGGUUUCUUCAUGACAGUCAUAGACUACUGUAGUAGAUGCGCACUGUUCCAUUGUCUAUUGUUUAUGUUGGAAGUUUGGGUGGUACUAUAAUCAACGCUUUUGCCAGACAUAUGGUUCUGAUAGGAAAGAAAUGUACGAGCUUGCAGAGCAGAAUGAAUAAAUAUGAUCCAACUGGCUUUUUGGACCGAUGCUCAGACAACAUCAACUACCUGCAUGGACGGAAUUCUUAGUUUUGAUAAAUUAUCUAAGAAAGAAGACUUUUCUCAUCUCCAUAAUCAGUUAAGAAAACUUGGUUUAACCAUAUGCCUAACUGAAGCUAAGAAGGAUCUAUCUUUUUCUCUUACUCCCUCUAAUACUGCUGUGCGCUUAUGCUGAGAAUUACAUAGGUUUUUUGCUCUACUUUGAAAAACUUGAAAACAGCAGUAGAUACAUAGAAAGAAAUUUUGGAUUCCCGAAGGUCUUUCGUACAAUUGGUAUAAGUUUUAUUCUUUCAGAAUAUAACGGAUAAAAGUUCCCUUAAAGCAUUCGAAACUAGACCUAUCGUAAAAUGCACAAGCCAUUUUCGAACAACUUAGCCAGAGUUAAGUUUCUUUUUGAACUAAAGAUAAACCAUUUUUGUAUGUAUUAAAUCGUCAGCGGUAGUGCGAUUUCUUUUACGUUCUUUCUUAAGCCCCCCCCCCUCAGAAAUUAUCUCCGACACCGUGCAUCCGAUCUUGACGAAACUUUCCAUAAAUGUUCGGCACAAUGAGUUACGGG